AUGCGUGGAACAACAUUGAUGAAAAAAAAAGAUUAUUUAUUUAUUAACCUCAACCCAUGUAAAGAACUUAUUUGCACACUCUGCCCCCCAGGAAAAAACUUCAAGCGCCAAUGUGAUAGCUCAACUCACAGAAACUGCACCACAAACAAUAUUGAUUGUAAAUUAGGGAAAGAGCCAGCGUAUUGUUAUGCUACUUGGCAUAACAACACGCUGCUAAAUCAAGUGGUCAUAACAGGCAAGAGUUGUACUAACCGGCAGGAUUGCUCACAACCUAGAUAUGUCAACACAACUAGGUCGCUCCGGGACAAAAUGUAUUGUUGUUGCAAUUCUAGUUUGUGCAACAACAACGUCGAAUGGGUCCCGGAGAUCAAUAGUGAGCCAAGUGAUAAGACAAUUAUUAUUAUAAUAGGAUAUAUCGUUGCAUUCAUUUGUAUCUUUGUACUAUACAAAUCGUAUCAAUGUGUAAGUAACUUUAAUAAUAGACAACGGUAUAUGUAACAUUAAAGUCAUCAAAUAAUUAUCAUUUGUACAUCAUUAUUCAUUAUGAAUAAAGUUAUUGAAGGUCUGUGAUAAAACAAUUUCUUACAUAAAAUAUAUUUAUUGACAUUAUUCUUAAAACAUUUUUAACUAUACAAAAAUGUGUACAUAUUA